AUCCAGUGCGCCGUAUCAAUUCAACAUAACACAACUCGAUACACUUUAUCGGCACCUUCGCACCUAUUGCGCAAGAACACCUUCUCUACAAUGGUGAAGCACAAGAGUCGAGAGUCGAGCAGCUCUUCAGGUGGAACGCCGUACGAGGGCACGCUGCGAAAUACUUGCAAGGUCAACUACAGCGAUACCGAAGCCCCCGAGAUAGUAGAUCCAGGCCGCGGCGUCGAUCCGCCUGUUGAUGUCGGAGCAAGCGAGGCAAUGCCUGCUCAAGCAGCUUACAUAGUUCCCGUACCCGGUAGCUCCAAAAACGUGCCGAGAGGCCCGAUCAACACUUGGGUCGUAGAAAGAGAGUCCCUCGACUACCUGAAUCACGCCCACCUCACCGCCCACCUGACCUCUCUCCUGGCAUCUUGCACCCACCGCGCCUCGCUCUUCGCGGCCGCAAUCCAGCGCUUCGAAAUAUACCUCCAAUUCUUCGUCUCGACCUGCGCCUCCGCACACCCAGCCGGGACCGCGGACGUCCUCGCCACACUCCGCGCAGCAACCCAUAUGGGCGAUGAGGUGUUCCUCCUGCGUCGGGACUACACCAUCGCUGUCACAAUGCUGAGGUACUUCGUCGCGGGCUUGCUGCAGCGUUUGUUCCAGGGGAGUGAGGUUAGAGACAGGGACACGAUGGCGUUCAACGAGUUGUCAAGGGUGUAUGAGGAGGCGGAGUAUGGGAUUAGGGACACUAUCGAGGAUUUUGCUCAUGGGAAGGCGGAAGGAGGUGUGAGUGAGAGGUUGGGGGUGUACAUGGAGGCGUUCAAGCGGAGGGGGGAGAUAUUGGGGGCGCAGCAGGGGAGACUGGAGGGGCUGGCAAGGGACUGUUUGGUGGAGUUUGGGAAGGGCGGUGUGGGUGUAGAGGACAUUGCGGCGGUACCGUCGUAG